AUGGCUGAGUCUGGAUUCGAGGUCUGGUCUCAGGCACUGAUGGCUGAGAUGGAAAAUGUGUCGUAUGUACCUUUGAAGCAGCCCAUCGUGUUCACAGUGGAAGGCUUCAUCAUAACCAGGCAGCAGGGAUACCCCCUGUUUGUAGCCUGUCUCAUCGUAUACGCCGUGAUGCUGCUGGGAAACAUCACUGUGAUUACGGUGAUCGCCGUGGAUGCCAAACUCCACAAGCCCAUGUACGUGAUGAUGUGCAACUUGGCAGUAUGCGAUCUACUCGGGGGCACGACAGUCAUGGCCCAGCUGAUGCCACACUUCUUAACAGGGAACAACACCAUCGGUUACACAGCGGCCAUUUUCCAGGCCUUCUGUGUGCACACAUACAGCUUGGCCGUCGCCACCAUUCUGACGGCCAUGGCGUACGACCGCUAUGUGGCCAUCUGCCAGCCGCUGCACUACCACUCCAUCAUGACCACUAGGAGGCUGGUUUCACUGUGUUGUCUUGCCUGGUUCAUCGUGUUCUUACUGAUUGGGAUUCUCCUCAUUCUGAAUGUGCAAAUGCCACUGUGUGGGACGUUAGUCAAGCAUGUCUACUGCAGCGAUCAAUCCAUUCUGAGGCUGGCGUGCAUCCCAACCCCCAUCAACAACAUCUACGGUUUGUGUGUAGUUUGGUCCUUAAGUACGAGCUGCUUCUUAGUCAUUGCCUUUUCCUAUGUGAAGAUCAUCCAAACAUGCGUCAUCAAUCAGGAGAAAGACAGUCGAAGCAAGGCCAUACAGACAUGUGCCUCCCAUCUCACCAUUUAUAUCCUCUUCGAGAUCUCCGUGCUCAUCAUUAGCGUGACUUACAGUUUGAAAGACAUCAGCCCCAACACCAGGAAAUUUUGCGCCAUUCUGUUUAUUAUUGUGCCCCCCACGGUAAACCCAAUCAUCUAUGGCAUCGCCAUGAAAGAUAUUCGAACAUACAUUGUUAAGUUCUUCAAAUCCACUGUUUCACCGAAAUAGGGAGACCGGCAAAUACCACUUGCUCCAGCACCUACUGCGACCCUGACCCAGAAUAAAUGGCUAUAGAUAAUGGUUGGAGGGAUGGAUUUUUGUUUUACAAUGGAACAAAUCCUCUGUUUGCUUCUGAUUGCACUUUUCACUGUAAUAAUGUAUACUGGUGCACUGCUCUGUGUGGUACUGAAUGGUAAGGUGUAAAACAAGUCUUCCGUACAGAAGGACAAAAGAUAGACUAAGAUGACCACGGUGAUCUGGGUGUAAGUAUUCCAAGGAUUAAUUUAGUUGGCAACCUAUAGCAUGGGUAAGUAGGAUAAAUCAGGGAAAAAUGAAUUAUUACUAUUAUUAUUAUGAUUAUUUUAUUUAUUUUAUUGUUGCGCUUAUAUUUCAUCAUAAAGAUAACCACAAGAAAGAGCCAGAUGCCUACGAAUAGGCAAUACAUGCGUUAGAGGCCUGCAUGAAGAAAUGGCUUUUAAAAGGUAAAAUACACACACGGGGAAAGCGUUUAUCCGGUGAAUACUUUAGUUGCAAAUAACAGACAACCCGCAUUCAUUCGCACCCCAGUUCUACACUACGCUUGUGUUUGAAGCUCCAUUAUUCUGCAUUGACAAAUGGCCAAAUGAUAAAAUAAUAAUUAAUGAAAUUAACAAAUGACUAAAACAAAUGGCUGAAAAUGUGAUCCGCCUGAUAUGUCUCUUGCUGAAAUUGUUACAAUAUAGCCUAAUGACAACAAAAAAAAAACACUCACCAAAUUGAUGCAGAAUCCCAGAGCUUUUGAAAUGGCUUUGUAACCAUUCCAGACUAAUGUAUUUCAACAACACUUUUCAGCAUCCCUUCUGGAAUAUCAUUUGAUCGCGGCAGUAUGCUUGUAGGAACUUUGUGGUGACUACUUCCCUCUGGUUGUAAGGGUCAAUAUGAGAGAGGUUUAGAAUCAACAGGGCUGCCUUCAUCAAGCCUGGCUGAAUUAAUCGAAUUAUGAUCUAAUAACCAGAUUAAAUCGGUUGAUUGAGUAACAGUUACUUUUUCACGUGGUUGAUAUGGAUGUUUGAUAACUUUCUGCAUUACAUUAAAUAAAUGGAAAAAAAUGUGUUUCAUUUUUA